AAACACAUAAAUUGUAAAACUUCUUAACAUGUAACAUACUGCAGGGAUAUUUGAGUUCAUAUGUUUACCUCCCCUGAACUAGUAAGUCAGUGUGACGGAGUGUGAGCGCAUUAGUUUCUGACUGCGUGCUGUUGAAAGUUAGUUUCACGUUAUUAAAUAUCUAUAUACAUAAAGUCAAAUGUCUGCUGAAGAUCUGUUCGGCUGCUAUCAUUCAGUGUAUAUGAUAAUAUUAAAAGAAUGUUAUUCGUCUUAUAAAAGAGAGAAAUAAAUUCUAGGGACUUUUGUUCCAGUGGCAAAGUUUGUAUUUCAACCGAAGCGAAGGAAGCUGUGCACCAUGUGAUCGAAAGACUGGAUGUAAAUCACUGACUACAGAUUAGAUAAUACUUGUACAAUAAUUAUUCAGACCUUUUAUGAAUGUAUUUUAAUGGUGGAAAUGGGGACAAAGAAGUCAUUAUCGGAAUGUUUCUCGGACCUGAUUAAUCCUGCUCCAGCAUCAUUUGAUCCUGAGGAUGACAUAUAUCCGGAUACUGUGGCGAAAGUCGUAGAAAAUAACUAUGAAUUUAGUGACGAAGAAACGAGGCAAAGCACACUUAGGAAAAGAAGUAUAGAUGCGGUUGACGGUGAUGAACGGUACGAUGGGGCAAAGAUAUCGCGAAAAGCACUUAGAAUGCAGGGUACUGGUGAUAAAUUGGAGUUGGGUAAGGAGGAUUGUUCAGAGACUGAGGAUGCAUAUACAAGUGAAGAUGAUGAAGAGAGUGAUGAGAAUCAAGAGGACACACAUGUUGAAAUGGAUAGGAAUGAAAUGUUACAGCCAAGGGACAAUGAAGGUGAAAGCAUUUUUCAACAUAUAUCAAGCAGGGGAAUGGAGACAGACGUAGAAAGAGGCAUUGGUGUUAGAAACCAGUUAAAUUUAUGGGACAGCUUACUGGAAUGUAGAAUUCAGUUGCAAAAGGCUUUGACUGCAGCUAAUAAGUUACCACAGUAUAACAUCUUUGAACACUUUAUUGCUGAAGGGGGAUCCAAGUUUAAAGCUGAAGUUCAACAAACAAAAAACAAAAUUACAACUUUAUUGGAAAAUAUGAUUGCUUUUCAAACAGAAAUGCUGAAGUCAUAUCCUGAAACAAGAAAUUUGUACAAGACAAACAAAAAGGAAUGUUCUACAAGUGAAGUGGAUGAAACAUACCCGGUUGCAGGUGAAGAAGAAGAAGAAGAAGAAGAAGAAAAUUAUUCAAGUGAUGGGAGUGAACUACAGAAGCAGAAAGAACUUGAUACAAAACACCAUAAUUUGGAACACUAUGCUGAACUUAUAAGUGAUCAUCACAGGAAGUACUCAGAAUAUCGCAAUGCAACCAUUCAGCUAUGGAAUGAUAGGACCCGUGUUUUGGUAGGAAAACUCAACAGUCAUAACUUUUCAAAUUUUGAGCACUCAACACUUAAACAGAUUGAACAAAUCCUAAGCAAUCGUCAGAGACUCAUACAACGUUCUCAGUUAAAGAGACAAUCAUUUAUUAUCUUGGGGCAACAACUUGUUCCACAGCAGCAGCAACAAGAAAGUACUGAAGGAGCUGUUACAUAUAUAGAUGCAAAUAAUUUGAAGACAGAUCAGGAACAGUGCAGAGAGUACUACACUGAAAUAUAUGAUGAUACAGACUAUUAUCAUCAGCUCUUAAGAGAACUUAUUGAGAGGAAGUCGUCAGAUGUUACAGAUCCAGUACAGCUUGGACGACAGUGGCUAGAACUUCAAAAGCUGAGAAGUAAAAUGAAACGAAAAAUGGAUACAAGAGCAACAAAAGGUCGUAAAAUUAGAUAUGUAGUACAUUCCAAACUUGUUAAUUACAUGGCUCCAGUGUCUCAGAAUCUUUAUACUGAAGAAGCAAAAACUGAAUUGUAUAACUCUUUGUUCAGAAAUGGUGGCAGACAGUAGUGAGAAAGUUUGGGCUUGGGCAAAACUAGAAGAACUGGAAGUACUUUCUGUCGAUUUUAAAAUUAAACUGUUUUGACUCAUAAAUUUUGAGACAUAAAGUUGUAGUCAAAUAUGAAUACCAAAUCUAUAAUUGUUAAGAGAGCACCUAAAAUACGAUUACAUACAACCCAGAUGACCAUGACCAUGAUAUCACUCCUGUGUAAAUUGAAGAUCUUAUGUUUAAAUGCUUGAUCACAAUACAGAUCUGAAAUAUGAGUGUAUACUUGCUUUUAGCAUCUUAAAAAUUUGACAUCAACAAGACCUUAAAUGUAAAUUAGAUUAUCCACAAGUUUACUUUUGUUUGCUUGUUUCAAUUUUGGAUGCACUCCUCAUUAGUUAUCAGUUGCCUCUUUAGUACUACAGAGUUUUUCUGCAUUCACAAUAUGCUACCACAAAUUCUAGAACACAACAUUAACAUUCAUUGGAUGUUACUACCAGAAUGGGUCUUGUGACAGCUGUCUUCAUCCUCCCAUAAGCACACUCGUGUGUGUCAGUUUCUCUGUAUGUAACUCUUAAUAUAACAGUUUUUUUCAGUUAUACAUAUAUUGUGUAAAUUUAAAUGGUGACUGUGGAGGUUGGCUCACAAAACAGUUAUACUCUGAAGGCGUCACAAUUGGAUAGUGACUUAGAUCAUUAUGUCAUCACUAGAAAGUUACUAGAUUCUAUUAUGAACAUCUGAUGGCAACCAAAAUCAUGUUAGAUAUGCUGCUGAAUGCACAGAACUUUUCUUGCAUAAGGUUGCCACCUGAAGGUAUGACAUGCACUGGGGCCACUGUAAGUAGAAGCACGGUUGAUGCGAUUCCACAGCAGCAGUGUUUGUGUGUAUUAAGACCUAAACUAAAGAAAUUUACCACUGAAUUGUAGGAGACUGUCACUCUUCUGCAUUUCUGUAACUCACUGGAGCAACUAGUCUCUGUAAAUUAAAAAUAUCAUUCUUGUGAUAGGUGUCUUCAACACAUCCAUUAGUCAUGAGUUGUCACAUGGCAAACUGAUUUUUUCUGAAGCAGCUGCAGUGGUGGUAAUUUGAGUAGGACAGACAGUAGUAAACAAAUCUUAUUCUGUCCGCAUGCUUCUGGUUAUGUAUUAACUUUACCUUAAGAUGGUUUAGACAAAGUACAUGCCAAUAUGUGUGUUAAAUGAAACAAGUUUGUGAAAGUGUUAAUGGUAAUAUAUUGUAAUAAAUUUUGUAAGAAUACACCAUGGAAGUAUAUUAAAUUAAAAUAAAUAAAUUGAUAAUUUUGUAUCAGUAUGCUGUGUAAACAAAUUCAAAACCCCACAGACGCUGUGAAGUGCCUCUUGUUUAUCAAAGGAGUACAAGCAUGUUUGCUCAUACUAUAUCCAUGUUGUCAUGAAUGAAACAGUUUCAUAAAAUCUUUAAUAAAUGUUUAUUCUAUGUACA